CGCGGCUUUCCUUUGUUUCGCUUCACAUUCUCUUUUUCUUCUUCUUCUUCUUCUUCUUCUUCUUCUACCCUUUCACUCUCUCCAACCCAAAACCCAGAACCCAAAAUGUCAAUCUCCAACUCAAAAAAACUGCUCCUUUGUCUCUCCUUCUUCCUCUUCAUCGCUCUUGCUUCCGGAAACACUCACAUUUCUCACACAUUUCGAGGCAGAGAUGUUAGUGUUGAUAGAGGUGUGGUGGGGCUGGACACAAGAAGGUCUCUUGUGGAUGAGAAUCUGCAGAACUCGUCUUUGAUUCUGGCUAAGGAGAGGACUCUCAGGAAGGACCCUCUUGAUGAUUUUCAUAAGUACACUGGUGGAUGGAAUAUCAGCAAUGAUCAUUACUGGGCUUCUGUUGCUUGGACUGCUGUUCCCUUCUUUGUUGUUGCCGGUCUGUGGUUCGUGAUCUUUGGGCUAAGCUUGACGUUUAUCUGUUUAUGUUACUGCUGUUGCCCAAAGGAGCCUUACGGUUAUUCUAGAACAGCUUAUGCGCUCUCUCUCAUCUUGCUUAUUUUCUUCACUGUUGCAGCAAUUGUUGGAUGCAUUGUUCUGUAUACCGGUCAGGCAAAGUUUCACAGCAGUACAACAAAGACACUCGAUUAUGUUGUGAGUCAGGCAGAUACAACUGUUGAAAGCCUCCGCAAUUUGUCAGGUUAUCUUGGUGCAGCUAAGCGGAUUGGAGUUGACUCUAUCUUCUUGCCAUCGGAUGUUCAGAAUAGCAUUGACACAACUAUAACAAAACUCAACUCUGCCGCCACUAAACUCUCUGAUACAACUGAAAAGAACUCAAAACGGAUAGACGAUGGUUUGGAUAACAUAAGACUGGCCCUCAUUAUCAUUGCUGCUGUUAUGCUCUUUUUGGCUUUUAUUGGAUUUUUAUUUUCAAUUCUGGGGAUGCAGGCUUGUGUAUACUUCUUGGUGAUUUUUGGGUGGAUUCUUGUUGCGGGGACAUUCAUCUUGUGUGGUGUAUUUCUUCUUGCCCAUAAUGUGGUUGCAGAUGCAUGUGUUUCCAUGGAUGAAUGGGUCCAGCACCCCACUGCUCAUACUGCUUUAGAUGAUGUACUCCCUUGUGUGGACAAUGCUACUGCUCAAGAGACCUCAUCACGUACCAAGGAUGUUACGUACAAACUAGUGAGCAUGGUAGACAAGGUCAUUAGCAAUAUCUCAAAUCUGAACAAUCCACCACCCCAACUUGGACCAAUAUAUUUCAAUCAGUCUGGCCCUCUAUUACCUGUUCUUUGCAACCCAUACAACGCUGAUCUCACUGAUCGAAAGUGUGCCCUUGGUGAGGUAGAACUGCAUAAUGCCACACAGGUGUGGAAGGGUUAUGUGUGUGAGAUUAACACAGCAGGCAUCUGUGUAACCCCUGGACGGCUCACUCCCAUCUUCUAUGACCAAAUGGAAGCCGCAGUAAAUAUCAGUUAUGGUCUGUAUCGUUAUGGUCCAUUCUUGGUUGAUCUGCAAGACUGCACGUUUGUCAGAGACACAUUCACAGAUAUAACCAACAGGAAUUGUCCUAGCCUUCGAAAACAUAGCAGCUGGAUCUACAUUGGGCUAGUCAUGGUAUCCGCUGCUGUCAUGUUAUCAUUAGUCUUCUGGGUAAUCUACGCAAGGGAACGAAGGCAUCGCGUGUAUACCAAGCAGUUUAUGGCUGGAAGCACAGGGGGAUUCCAGGUCCAAGACAAGGGUGCUUAGGGAUUUCUAUAUUUCAGUAACUCGUCAGUUUUUUUUUUGGGUACAUUAUGGUAGUUAUCUGUAGGUUAGAUUGCUUGUGCUUGCUCAGGCUUGAGACAUAGUUGAAGCAUUGCUGAGCUAGCUUGAUCCGUCCCAGUGAUUAUUGUUACUCAAAAAGUCAUAACUCAGUGAGAUAUAUAAAUAGUAUUUUGGAGCUAGCAUUA